AGUUUUCGUUCUUUUAAUAUUGAAAACCUUGUUGACUAGUCAAACGCAAAGUUCAUAAAAUUCGGAAUAAAUCUAAGGAAAUUUUUUUUAAACGACAUCGGUCUGUAAACAAAUUUACUCAAAUUAUUCAGGAAAGAUGUCUUGUAAUUAUGCUGAUGGCUUGUCUAAAUAUGAAGAUAAAGGAAUAUGUGGAUUAAAAGAGGUCAUUGAUAACACAUCGAUUCUUAAUGAUAAGGUGAAGGUUUUAGCGGAUUUGAUAAAGGAAUCUAAACAUGUUGUAGUUCACACUGGUGCAGGCAUAAGUACCUCAGCUGGAAUUCCAGAUUUUAGAGGACCCAAAGGUGUUUGGACUCUUGAAAAGGAAGGUUUAAAACCUAAUAUUAAUAUUUCAUUCAAUGAUGCUAAACCAACUGCUACUCACAUGGCUCUAAAUGCAUUACUAGAUGCAGGUUAUGUGCAUUUUAUUGUCAGUCAAAAUGUUGAUGGUCUGCAUUUACGCUCUAAUGUGCCUCCAGACAAACUUGCAGAAUUGCAUGGGAAUAUGUUCCUUGAUAAGUGCAAUCAUUGUGAAAGAUUGUUUGUGAGGAAAAGUGCUACAGAAACUGUUGGUCAAAAAUUCACUGGAAAGUUUUGCCCUUUGCCAAAACCAAAUGGAAGAAGAUGCAGAGGAAAAUUGCAUGAUACUAUUUUAGACUGGGAAGAUGAACUCCCUCUUCGAGAUUUAGAACUUGCGGAAAUAAAUUCUCGGAAAGCAGAUCUUAGCAUAUGCCUGGGAACUACUCUACAAAUAAUUCCAAGUGGUAACCUUCCCGUUUUAACAAAGAAAUCCAAAGGAAAACUCGUCAUUGUCAAUUUGCAACCCACUAAACAUGACAAGCAAGCAGACAUCAUUAUUCAUGGAUAUGUGGAUGAAGUAAUGAAAAAAUUAAUGGAGUACUUGAAUAUUGAAAUUCCUGAAUAUAAAAUUUCCAAUGAUCAAACCAAAAAUAACCUCAGUAAAGUUUCUGAAUAUGUGCGAAGUGAGAAAAUAGAAGAAGAAGAAUUGAAAGAGGAAAUUCUUGAUGAAGUUAUACCAACUCCUAAGUCUGAAGACCAUCCUGAAUUGAAGUCAGAAAUAACAAAUGGAAACUGUCAAAACUCUAAAUUAGUAGACCAGCCUGAUUUACUAAAAGCUAGGGAAGAUCAAUCUUCAAUUGUGGAAAAAUUAGAAUUUAAGUCUGAUGUGCAUUUAACAAAUGAUUGUUUGCCCGAUGCAAGUGAAAGUUCAAUGUGUGAAGAAAAUAGUGAAAUAAAAUGUGAUAUGAACAUAACUCCUAAUAUUGAAAAUGUUCUACUAGAAAGUGGAGCCUGAAAAUUCUCCAAAAUCAUUUUUUUAAAAAGAUAACGAGUCAUUUAUUACCUUUACUUCAGAAGAAAAUUGCAUUUUAGUUUGAGUUAUUUAGCAGUGUGUACAAAAUGUUUUUAACUUUAUACCCUUUUGCUAGAUGAGAGAUAAAAGAUAUAAACAAAUGCAAAAUAUCUAUGUACUCAAAUAUAGUUUUUAAAUGCUACAAUUGUAUAUGAUGUCUCUAUAUUCAUUAGUACUUUUUCUCAAAACUAAAUUGGUAGAUUCGAAACAACAUGAAAAAUAUUUUAUAUUACCAGUGCAGAUUGCAUUUUGUGAAUUUAGAGAAAAUAGUUUUAACCCUCCUUUGUCAAGGUAUAAGAGUUUUAAGACUUCUGGGACACUUCUCUUCAUAUAAUAACAGAAAGGAUUAUGAAAUUAUCAGUUGUAAAAUUCUUAAAUUUGUAGAUGAUAAAGUUUGUUAAGUUCCAAUUUUAUUUAUUCAUUAUUUAACAGUGUUAACCUAUAAUAUUUGAUUAUCUUUCAGUUUUAAUAUAUAUAAUUCUUGAUUAUUAUUGCUUUUUCGAUUUUGAUUAUUAUUCGAAAUUAAAGGCUUUAAAUUAAAAGUGGUACUCUUUUAUUUUAAUUUCAAGUAGUCACCUUACGUUAUACCACUCUUUAUGCUUAAAAAUGUUUUAUUACCAUUUUAUAAUAAUUAAUAAAUAAGAUAUACUUUUCAAAAUACAUUUUAUGUUACUAUAUUCAGUCUACAUAUGCACUUAAAAUAACUAUUUAAAAUCCUAAAGGUUAGGGUAUAUUUAGUGCUACGUAUACUAAACAGCAUGAAUGAAGUACAGAAAUGGACAUACUAUAGUUUUGGUUCUCUAAACAAGAACCUUCCUCAGUGUCUAAACACCAAAUGACAUUAUAAAGUUAAGAGAUUAAUUCAAACCCACAAAUUUGAACUAUAGCAAUUUAAUUGUUUUACCCUAUUGUCCGAAAGCCAGUCCCUAAAUUACUAAAAUUUGAGCUUAAAAUCGUUUUCUCUCCUUUUAACAAACUUAAUUUCAUGAACUUUAAAAGACACUUUUGCUGAUAUUGAUAUCUAGGGCAUUUAUCAAAUUUCUUGUCAGUGUGGACAAAUUUCAUGUCAGUGUGGUUCAAAAUAAGAAUAUUAACUGAUCUUCAAUCGCUCAACAUAGUUGGAAUUCUAAUCAUAGGUUUGAGUUUUUUGCUAAAAUCAUUCAACAACUGCUCUUCUAUUGAACUUGAUUUUUGGGAAUCACUCCAUAUUUUGAAAAAUUUUAAUAAUUCAGUUUAUGAUCUCCCUAGUAUCCCGCAGUUUUCCAAUGUUUGGAAAUCUAUUCUAAUUUAUUUUUUUGCUUCCUGGCGGUUCUCGGAAAAACUCCUCACAUGUUUCUAAUAAACAUUCUUUUUAUUAUCUUCUUAAACUUGUUCCUCUGUACUGAUUGGCUAGAACACUCUGUACAUAUUUAUCUCUUUAAUUUUCUUGCAUCAUUUGGUGUUUUGACACUGAGGAAGGUUCUUGUUUAGAGAACCUAAACUAUAGUAUGUCCAUUUUCAUACUUGUGUUUUAUUCACAUUAUUUUCCCCUUUAAAAUAUUCAGGGAAUAUAAAAAAUCUACUCUUAAAACUUUUGCUAAAUAUUCCCUUUGAUAAAAAAUUAUUUACGAAUUUUUAUAGCAACCAAAUUUCAAGACAGUAUUUUUAAAAACAAAUUUGUGAAUGAAGUUGCAAUGGUAAGUAAACUUAUUUAGAUUUAAAUUGUUAACUAUUUUAAAUCUGUUGAACCAAAUUUGAGUAAAAUAAAAAUUAAAUUUUAUUUAAAUAUUUUUAAUUUGAUGUAACAGUCUAGUACUUAUUACAAAACAAAACUGGGUUCUAAAGAACCCUGGGAUGUAUACAUGUGUACUUGUAUGAUUUUUUUUUAAAAUUGAACUUUGCAUUUUUCUUCCAGAUUGUAAUUGGAUUGCCUAUUUUCAUUUAUUUAUCUAUUGUUUUUUUUUCUUUCAUUUUUUUUAACACUGUAUUUAAUAUUUUAAAUGUUAAUUUUAACAAUUAAUGUUUGCAAUUCUUAGGUGUUCUCAUUAAUUAGGCAGUUUUUGUAUACAUAUUUUUCAAAUACUGUCAAAUUGAAUUGGUUAAAUCACCAUAAAAUUUCUAUGACUUGUUUAUAAUUUAAUUUUGCAGCUUGAAAAAACCUACUAGUUUUUAUUUUCAAUUUUAAGCUGCUUCUUUACGUUUUUGCUUUUUAAUUAAACAGUGUAUUGUUUUUAUUUAUUUGUUUAUACUUAAGUUAAUAAUAAUUGUUAAAUAUGAGUGAUUUUACAAAGCGUUACAAACAAAUAUAUAUCAGCUACAAUAAUUGAUUGAGUGUAAAAUUUUUUGUUUUGGCAGCUAGGAUAUCCUUUAAAACUGAACCAUCUACUAUUGCUAAACUACUGCUUUUGUAUUAUGAAACAUAAACUGUGGACUUACCCAAAUUGUAAUAUUCUAUUCUUUGUAGAAAAAAUCUUGCAUAAACAAAAUAUUUAUGUAAUAUAUAAUUUGCUAUUGAAUUUCGCCUUUUUUAUACAUAAUUUGUUAAUAUUAAUGUUUGUAAAAAUAUAUAAUUCAUGAUUGUAGUCUAAUGUCAAAUUUGCAGCAAUUAACCCAUUUAAGAUGUUCCUAAAAAUAAGUAAGAUUACUCACUUAAAUAGUUAUAGUUUUAUAAUCAUUAGAUUUUUAUGUUCAGUUUACAUUGUAUAUAAAAUUACAAUCGUGAAUAGAAUUUUUUUCACUUAUUGUACUUUUGUAUUAUUACAAAAUUUUAACGUACUUGUUUAAAAUAUCACUUUGAAUCAUUUUAAAAUAGUUCACUUUUAAUCAAAAUGUUGUAUGUUACUAUCAUUUUUCUUUUAUCAUGUAAAGCACAUUCAAGAAAUAUUCAAACAAAUUGCUGAUUUAAACAGUGGUUAAAAAUGUGUCAUGUUUAUAAUAUAGGUAGAAAGCUUUUUAUACUCAUUUUUGUAGUUUUAUAUUUAUUUUGCUGGUGUGUUUUGAAAUUAGAAAAAUUUUAUUUUAUUAUGAAAUAUAUAUAGUUUAAAUGAAGCAAAAUGUGUACAUAAAAUAAUAUGAUGUGGCAAAUAUUUAAAUUGUUUAAACUUAUAAAAGUUCAAGCUAUCUAUUCAUGAAACUUUUGUAACAGUUGUUAAAAAUAAAUUGUUUAUGUUACCUA